AUGCUCAUUUCGUCUCCGUGUUUUCCACCCUCGCAGAGCUACAUGCCCGACAAUCCCGACCUUUUCCAGCACCUGACCCCUCAGAUGUUCGACGACGAGCGUGCUCGAUUCUUCAAAAACCCUGGCAAUGUUCCGAACGAUCCCAAAGCCAUAACAUCCGUCGCUGGUCAAGGUGGAUGGUGUCAACCAAGUUCAUUUUACUGCACACCUGUCCCUCCCGUCGGUUCCAUAAACGACGAACGAGUCGACCUCACGCAGUAUACCCGUACGACGCUGUACCCGGACCAACGGCGUCUGUGCAUCUGGACUGAUAGUUCCCUGGCAAUCGUAAAGGGCAAAGAGAUGACCACGUACAAGGCGUGCAAGGCGUACCAACCUUCUCCGCCUCCGUCGCCUUUGCCUCCGCCGUCUCCUGUACCAGAGCCUGUGCCUGUUCGACAGAUUGCUCCAGGUCCUCAUUCUAACCCUUCGUUAAGUGUACUCGCAAUCCAGGACCUCCGCAUACACCAGCUGCCUCACCAAGACAACUUGGGCACCCUACCCCGCAUGCCGUAUGGUACAACACCCCCACUCAGCCUUGCCCUUACCAUCAAGGUUAUCCCGCGCAGAAUUGUUAUACCUGGACCACCCAUACAGCCAUCUUUACAUAACUUGCCCCAGAGACCGGGGAAGAAGAGGUAUACGCAGGCUGCGCCAAUCCAGUCUCGCCCACCGUGA